AAUAUUGAUUAUCUCGACUUAAAGUGCUUUUUUAAGGAAAUGUUUGCCUGGCACUUAAAACGAGCAGUAAAAUGCAAAUAUAUUUAUCCUGCAGCUCAUUUCAAGGGUUGUUCCAACCCAGUUUCUAUACAGAGUGGCCCAAAUGUUCACAUAUCUAUACAAAUGCUUAUUAACUACAUAUUUAUCUAUUGGGUAAAUUUUGCAACAUUCCAAAAACCCGUUUAUUUGCGCCAAAGUGUAAAUUUGAAUUGCUGUUAGAAACCCAACGACGAAUUUAUAGUUAGUCGAAAAUUUGUAAUGAAUGAGGCACCCAUGAGCAGUGAAACUUUCCAAUUAGUGCGGUCUAUAUUAAUAUUUACUUGGGAACAACAUCAUUAAAAGUUAGCGUUCAACUCGAUCGUGUAAAUAUUCAUUUUAGCCCUAUUAAAAAAAAUGUCAACCAACACUUUGAUGCGAUUCCCUGUGUAUUAACAACCCUCUUCAAAGCUUUUUUGUGUCGUGUGCGUGAUCGAAAAAAGCUCCAAACCUUUAAUUUAGACUAGUUUUCCCGCAGAUUUAAUUGAUUUAUUCACGGCAAUGAAAUUGUUUUGAUUCUAUCACGGAAUAAAGCUGCCCGGAAGAACUGGCUCAGUGUUGGAAAUGAUAUGGUGUUCGACUGGCUGAUGUUGCAGCAUCGAAAAAUGUCCUCUUUGGCACUGACUAAGCCGCGAGCUGAUUUUGUGAUCGUUCAGAGAUGGUAUCGGCUGGCAAAGCUGCUGGGGUUUACACCAAUUAGCACUGAGAACAGUGAAAGGAAAUUAUGGAACUAUUGGGCGAUUGUUUAUCCGGUGCUGCUGCUGAUCAUCUACUUGGGAGGCACGAUUUUCUCCUUCUAUGAGAGAUUCCGCAUUUACGAGAGCUUCAAUUUGAGUCAAACGAUUCUGGAUAUACUGCAAGGAAUAGUCGAGUCGGUGUUCAUAGAGCACGCAGUGAUUUGGAGCUUGCUCAACAAGAAGCACUGGAACAAGAUGAUGAGGAGCAUUGAGCAGCUGGAGCAAAAGCUCCACUGGACGUGCACUACUGAAGUAACCGACUAUUCCACCGCUGGUUUGAGAUUGCGGAUAUUCUUCUACCACGCGGUUUAUGCAGCUGUGCACAUUUACGACAGCAUCGUCAACUGGAUGUUCCUCUCCUACUCUCUGGCUUUUAUCAUAUUCCGGUUUACGACCUACUACAUCAUGUUCACCACCCUUUUCAUCGACUUCGUCUGCACUUGGGCAAGGAACCGCUAUCUGUACAUGCACAACUAUCUGCGGGUUUAUGGAACUGCCAGGAACAUCAAGUUUUCCAUUGUCCAAAAGGAACAUGUGCUGAGCAAAUUGGCGGAGUUCUCAAACUGCUACAAGCACUUGUUCCUAAUAGUGGAGGAAAUUAAUACGAUAUUUGGAACAUAUUUUUUCUUUGUGGCCAUUUGCACGGUGCUGGAAGUGCUGAAUGCUGUCAACUAUGGAAUGCCCAGCAAAAACCAGGAUAUUGACCAGGCAGUGACCGGAGUGAAUGUCCUUUUCCUCGCCCUUUAUAUAAUAUGCAACGUUCAGAUCGUAAUGGCAUGCAACUCAGUUUUAAAAUGUGCCAAAAGCAUUCAGAAAACCUGUCUGAUCCUGCAUGAGCAAAUGGAAAACAGGGAGUUGCGGGAAGAAUUCCUGCGCUUAUCCUACUACGUUCAAGGCAGGUUCUCUGGCGAACAAUUCAAGUGCCGAAUAAUAAAACCAUUUUUUCCAGGCUUAUAUCCGGAAUUUUCGGCGGCAGGUUUUUGGUCGGUGAAUCAGUCGAUUCUCUCGACGCUUUUCUCCUCGGUCAUGACCUAUCUGAUAAUCAUAAUUCAAUUCAACAUGACCUUAAAAUAGAAUAAACCUUCCCCAUAUUAACAAA